AUGUCAGAAUCUAUCGCUGAACAACUAGAUAGGCUCCAUAUAUCGGAUAGCCAAGUUGACGAAGCGCUCCGGGUGUUUAAUAUUAACCAUUCAAAGGAAUUGAUCACUCCAAAUGUUGUGGAAACGCUAGUCAAAUGUUCUGAUAACCAUAUCAGUGCUAAGAUCUUAUUUGAUUUGUUGGAAGAAGAUAAUGCUGCUUUUCUUUAUGGAAUUGGUCUAUUGGAUAAAGAUGGUAUCAAGGUUCUUUCCAAUGUUCUCCACUAUUACGUUCGUGAUAAUAAUCGUUUGGGUUUUGAGAUGUUGAAGGUUAAUCUGAGAUUCUUGAAAGAGUCAUUGAAUGACGAAUCCACGCUUUGCUACUUGAAAAUUUACUUCAAUUUAAUUACAAAGUUGGAAUUGGUCAAUCCUCAUCACUUGAGUAUCUUAUUGGGGCUAAUAAAUGUGAAAAAUGAUGAGAUAAAUUCAUUAAUUUUACUUAUAGUGAUUAACUUUUUACAAAAAAAUGAAUCUGAGUCAAAUGAGCAAAUUAAAGACUAUUUGGAGAUCUUGGUUGACGAGGAUAUCCACUUGAACAUUGCCAAUAAGAAAUAUUUAAACUUGGUUAAAGUUUUAGAAUGUUUGUUUCCGAUAACUCCUAUAAUAAAUCAAAUUUAUACCACUGAAAAGAUGAAAAAAAUUAUCCUUGAAAAAAUCAGAGUUGAAAAUAGAAAUGAAAUGAUAAUUGUGGAAACCUUGAGAUUGGUCUGCUCUUCGUGUAUUGAUGAUAAAUGUCGUUCAUUCAAUGUUGAACAUUAUUUAGAUUUACUUUCAUUUGCUAUCGAAAACUCCUUAAAUGAUAAGAUCAAAUACUUAUCGGUGUUGGCCACGAUUAAAUUAUGGAAUUUCAUUCAAUUGGAUAAGAAAAAAGUUUGUUCUAUUGAAGAUUUAUACUCGAGACUAGUUGAAUAUUUUAAUAAGACUGAUAACCUUGAUAAAGACGAGCUUUUAACGUAUAUUAUUGAAUCUUUAGCAUAUUUAACCAUUAAUCAUAAGGUCAAGAAGAGUUUAAGAAGUGAGCAAAGUAUAAUUGAACAAUUGAUUGGAGUAUUACCUACAUUGAAUGAGAGUCAAAUAGUGUAUGGGAUUUUAGUAAUAUUUGUUAACUUAAGUCAAUUUAAAGAUAAUAAUAAGAGUCAAGAUCAUAAAACCAUUGAUUAUUUAAAAAAUUAUAGUCAACCGAGUGGGGAGAAACAACAAUUUAAAGAAGAUCCCGCUGAGAUAAAUUCAUUUAAUGAAUCGUUAAAUGAACAAAAUAUUAUAUCAGUAAUUUCAAGUUUGAAAGUUAAGAAUUCUAAUAUAAUGAGUCAGUUUAUUAAUAUUAUUUAUAAUAUACUGUUUAACCAAUCUAAACAAGUUAAAGUUAAGAUGGUAGAGCAAGGAGCCAUUAAUAUACUCAUUGAUUAUAUGAUACAACACAGCAAAAUUAAAAAUGGAGAAACAAGUCCAAUUAAAGAGAAUGAGAUUCGAUUAAAUUCAAUAAGAUCAUUAUCAAGAAUCCUUAUAUCUAUAAAUCCAAAAUUAGGAUUUAAAAAAUAUGAUAUUAAAACAUGUAUACCAUUUUUAAUUGAAUUAUUAGGACCAAAUAUUAAUAAAAAUUUCAAUGAAGAGUAUUUGUAUGAUAUAACAUCUUUGGAUAAGUUUGAAACGUUAAUGGCCUUAACUAAUAUAUCAGCCAUCAAUGAUCAAGAAUUGAAAAAAUAUAUUAUUAAUAAGACAUUUGACCAAUAUUUAGAUAAUUUUAUCAUUGAUAAUAAUGAAGAUUUACAAAGAUGUUCAUGGGAAUUAAUUGCAAAUUUAAUUGAUGAACCAAUAAUGUUGGCCAAAUUUUUCAAUUUUGAUAAGAAAGAAGUAUUGAAAAGAUGUUUAAUAAUGAUCAAGUUAUUAAAUUCAACUAAUAAUAGAUUACAAAUAGCAAUCAGUAAUUUAUUGGUUAAUUCUACACAAGACUAUCAAUUUAUUUGUUAUCAAAUAAUGAAUAAACUGGAAAUUAUUAAUGAAUUGAUUAAAGUUAUAAAUCAAGUGAUACAAAAUCAAUUUAAUGAUGAUGAAUUAAUGAUAAGAUUAUCAUAUUUACUUAAUAAUUUAAUUACAAUUUCUUAUAAUCAAGAAUAUUUAAAAAUUUUUCAAACAAAUAAUCAAUUAAUAACAAAUAUAGCUAAAUUAAUUCAUAAAAAUGAUGAAUUUAAACAAAUUUCAAUUGAUAGUUUAAAAAUGAUUACAGAAAAAUCAUAA